UACUUUUAGUUUUCUGCAUAUCAUUACUGUUAGUCGCUGUUACAGAAUAAACGUGUUCUAUUUGUUAAGUUUAAGUCUAGUUUAUUCUUGCGACUUUGUGGCCGCUCGUUUGGUUCGCGCCCCCGGGUACACAACAUUUUUGGCGACGAGGACGCUGCAAAUUUCUGGUGUCCUGUGCAACCCGUGGAAUUUGCGGAAAAGAACCCGGCUCUACGUUACCCGCCGAACCUAACCUCAACCGGACAAUGAGCGACCCGGAUCUGAAGAGCCUCCUGGAGAAGCUGACCGAGGUCUGCCUCCAGAACCAGGACCUCCAGAAGGAGCAGCAAGCCCAGCAGAAGGCGCUUCAAGACCUCGUGAAGACCGUCACGGCCAAGCCUAUCAUCGCGCCACCGAAGCUCAACGCCAACACCAACGACAACAAGGAGUUCCUACUCGAGUCGUUGGCCAACACGAUGGUCGAGUUUCAUUACGAUCCGGACAGCGAUGACGGCCUGUUCGACGUCUGGUACUCGCGGUACGCGGACACUUUCUCGCAGGAUGCUUGCAAGCUCGAUGAUGCCAGCAAGGUGAGACUUUUACUGCGGAAGCUGGACACUCGGGCGCACAGCAGAUACGCCAACUUCAUCCUGCCGAAAAAGCCGAAGGAUAACGACUUCGAGGAGUCCGUGACGAAGCUGAAGGAGAUUUUUUCUCGCCGAACAUCCCUGUUCAACAAGCGCUGCAAGUGCCUGCAGUUCAUCAAGCCGGAGUCGGAUGACUUCAUCGCCUACGCUGGCGCGGUGAAUCGACUCUGCGAGGACUUCAAGCUGAGCAGCCUGAAGGAGAACGAGUUCAAGGCGCUGAUCUUCGUUUGCGGACUACGCUCGCACCGGGACUCCGAAAUUCGCACCAGACUGCUGUCCAAACUCGAGACGGAUGCUGCUACACUUACGGUCGACACCCUCGCAACCGAAUGUCAGCGGCUCCUCAACCUUAAGCAGGACACAGCUCUGAUCGAGAACGCCGCACACUCCUCCACUUCUGUUGUCAACUCUCUUUCUGACAAGUAUCGUGGCAAGUCAAACCAGAAACGGCAAGACAAACCACAACAAAAACAGAAGUCAGACGCUAGGAAGACGCCAAAAUCCCCUUGCUGGCUGUGUGGCGGUGUACACUACACGGAGGCCUGCCCUUUUGUAAAACACGUCUGCAAAGAGUGUAAACAAAUCGGGCACAAAGACGGCUACUGCGCGUUCGCGAGGCCGUCCGGGAAACCGCAGCGUUCCAGCGUGAAGGAGGUCUCGAGCGACCAGACCAGCGCCCGUCGCAGAAGGAAGUUUGUCAGCAUCCUGAUCAACGGUAAGCCGAUCAAGCUCCAAAUCGACACGGCCUCGGACAUCACGGUGAUCAGCCGCGAUAAUUGGUUGGCUCUUGGAUCUCCCGCAACUCGCCCGACAAGUCACGAAGCUACUAGCGCGUCUGGAGGCCACGUCAAGCUGGAGGCAGAGUUCGAGUGCAGCGUGACGCUGCAGGAUUCCUGCCGCUCAACCGUCUGUUACGUCGCACCCAACAGCAACCUGAACCUGCUCGGGUUGGACCUGAUCGACGCUUUCGACUUGUGGUCUGUCCCGCUAUCUUCGGUGUGCAACCGGGUGACUGUCGCGGACGGCGUUCUGGAUCAAGUUCACCAGCUGCAGCGCAAGUUUCCGGAGGUCUUUCUGGACACUCUGGGCCUCUGCACGAAAACGAAGGUGAAGCUGUUUCUGAAGCCGAAUCAACAGCCCGUGUACGUGCCGCGCCGGCCAGUCGCGCAGACCGCCUACGAACCGCUGCAGGACGAGCUGAGGCGUUUGGAGAACCUGGGGAUCAUCUCGUUCGUCGAGCACUCCGACUGGGCCGCGCCGAUUGUGGCUGUACGGAAGGCGAACGGCAGCAUCCGGAUCUGUGGAGAUUACUCCACCGGGCUCAACAACGCGCUCCAGCCGAACGAUUACCCGCUGCCAGUGCCGGACGACAUCUUCGCAUCCCUUGCUGGAAUGCGCCAUUUCAGCAUAAUUGAUCUCUCCAACGCCUACUUACAGAUCGAAAUGGACGAAGAUUCGAAGAACCUCCUCACGGUCAACACGCACCGGGGGCUCUUCAAGUUCAACCGUUUGGCACCGGGCGUGCGUCCAGCCACGGGCGCUUUCCAGAAGAUCAUGGACUCCAUGACCGCUGGCCUGACCGGAGUUCGCGUCUAUUUGGACGACAUUCUGGUUGGCGGGGCCACUGAGGAAGAGCAUCUACACAACCUGCACGCGGUGCUCGAGCGCAUCCGCGACUACGGUUUCCACCUCCAGCUCUCCAAGUGUCGUUUCUUCAUGGACGAGAUCAAGUACCUGGGCCACGUAGUCAACAGUUCAGGUAUCCGCCCCGAUCCGGCCAAGCUCCAAGCGAUCUCCACGAUGCCGCCUCCGAAGAACGUUUCAGAGCUGCGCUCGUACCUCGGCGCAGUGAACUACUACGCCAAGUUCGUUUCGGAGAUGCACCGUUUGCGCCAUCCGAUGGACCAGCUGCUAAAGGCCAACGCACAGUGGAACUGGACCAAGGAUUGCCAACGCGCGUUUGAAGAAUUCAAGCGCCUCCUGUCGUCAGAUCUCCUGUUGACGCACUUUGAUCCUCGCCACGAGAUCAUCGUUGCUGCCGACGCGUCCAACACCGGAAUCGGUGCCUGCCUGAUGCAUCGCCUGCCAACAGGAGCCAUCAAGGUCGUGCAGCAUCGUAGCCGUUCGCUCACCCCCGCCGAGAAGAACUACGGACAGAUCGAGAAGGAAGGUCUCGCACUCGUGUUCGGUGUCAUGAAGUUCCACUCCAUGAUCUAUGGCAGACACUUUACCCUGCAGACCGAUCACAAGCCCCUUCUCUCAAUCUUUGGCUCGCACAAGGGCAUUCCAGUCCACUCGGCGAACCGACUGCAGCGUUGGGCCAUCAUACUGCUCACCUACGACUUCCGUAUCGAGUACAUCGCUACGGAUCAGUUUGGCUAUGCGGACGUGCUCUCCCGUCUCAUUAGCCAGCACAGCAGAGAAGACGACGAAGACUUCGUGAUCGCCGCAAUCUCGUUGGAUGACGAACUCGAAGUUUUUAUCGACUCGUCGGUCAGCAACUUUCCGGUCACACACGCCCUGAUCCGGAAGGCUACGAAGGAGUCGAAGUCGUUGCAAGCGGUCAUCAAGUACCACCACGAAGGCUGGCCCGAGUCUUCCACGAUGAUCGCUGAACCCGAAGCGAAACUUUUCUUCUGCCGCCGUUUUGCUCUCAGCGUGGUCGAAGGAUGUCUUCUCCUGGGUGAGCGCGUCGUCGUUCCGGAAGUGUACCGCAAGCGCAUUCUAAAGCAGCUGCACAAAGCGCAUCCCGGAAUUGUGCGCAUGAAGUCGCUUGCGCGCUGUUACGUGUUCUGGCCUCGAAUCGACGCGGACAUCGAAGACCUUGUGCGCGCUUGCCCAAAGUGCGCCGCUGCAGCCAAGCUUCCAACCAAGGCACCGCUCCAGUCCUGGCCGACCCCGAACGGCACUUGGGAGCGGGUCCACAUCGAUUACGCUGGCCCGAUGAAUGGAGUUUUCUUCUUCGUCGUAGUGGAUGCGUACUCAAAGUGGCCGGAGAUUUUCGCAACCCCAUCGUCUUCCACCAAGGCGACUCUCAAGCUGCUGCGGCAGUGCAUCGCUCGCUUUGGUCGUAUGGACUUUCUCGUUUCGGACAACGGUCCGCAGUUUACGAGCGCUGAGUUCCGAACGUUCCUGAAGCAGAACGGAAUUCAGCACGUGACGACCGCUCCAUACCAUCCGGCGUCCAACGGUCAAGCUGAGCGCUUCGUCGACACGCUGAAGCGAGUUCUCAAAAAGAUCAACGAGGGGGAGGAUUUGGAGGAAACUCUGCAAGUUUUUCUUCAAGCGUACCGGUCGACUGCGAACCCGCAAGCACCCGGUGGUAAAUCUCCUGCGGAGCUGAUGCUGAGUCGUCGGCCUAAAUCAACAUUCGAUCUACUACGAGCUCCCUCCAUGCCGCCGAAGCCCACUCCUGCGAACGAGAAGCAGAACGCUGACUACGACCGGAAACAUGGAGCUGUGGAAAGGUGUUUCGCGCCCGGUGACCUGAUCUUCGCACACGUGUUCCGUCGCAACGAUUUCACGUGGGCACCAGGGCAAGUAAUCGAGAAGGUCGGCGCGGUGAACUACGUCAUCAAGCUCGAAGGAUCCAACCGUCCAAUCAAGGUGCACACCAACCAGAUACGACGCCGUCGCGUCGCUAACGCAACAUCGGCGGAAGUUCAACCUGGCACACUUCCGCUGGACAUCCUGCUGGACAACUUCGAGAUCGAGACGCAGCCACUGCCGAGCGGAGAUUCACCGGUUCUACCUGGAGACGAUCGACCUUUCCCGCGCCGUUCUGAACGAGACCGCAGAGCUCCGGAUCGCUACACCCCGGGACUCUGGGCUUAAAGGGGGAGAUGUUGGGUUCCCACAGAACCACCAGCCGUUCCAACAAUUUCGCGACUCGCUGUGCUCCUUGGUAGCACCCAGGUCGAGAGAGGCGCGAUCGGAGAUGCAAUUGUACUUUUAGUUUUCUGCAUAUCAUUACUGUUAGUCGCUGUUACAGAAUAAACGUGUUCUAUUUGUUAAGCUUAAGUCUAGUUUAUUCUUGCGACUUUGUGGCCGCUCGUUUGGUUCGCGCCCCCGGGUACACAACAAAUACC